AUCGUUGGGCUCAAGCUAUUGGUUUAUAUUUUAUUAUUAGACAAGAUUCUCGGUGAAUCUGCAUCUUAGCAUGAUUCACAGCCAUUAAUUUAUCAGUGGACAGAAGCUCAGCAAUUUGGAAGCAGCACAAUUAGAAGGUAAGCGAUUGGAGUUAAAGUUAUGAUCAUGGAAUGCCAAACGUCGAUUGAAGCUCCCUGUUUGUUUGCCAAAGCAACUCGUAUUAAGCAAACGUAUUGGCGACAGAGGCAGCUGAGAGUGAGAGUGAGAGGCCACAGGGUAUCUUCGUUUCCGUUGUUUACUGGCAAUUCAAAACAAUUGAGAUUCGUGUGUGAUUCUGAAGAUGGGUCUCCGUACUCUCUGAAGUUGGGUAAGCCCAGACUCAGAAAAAAGUCCUUCACUAUGUUACAUGGAUUUUUAGGGCCAGUAUCUGUUGCAGCGCCAUUGGAUCCUGAUGAGGGUCUCAUCAAUGAAGAUUUGAGGCCCACUAGUGUGGAGGAGAGGAGCUUCUCUGGGUGGGAGAUGGCCAGCCUAUGGAUUGGUAUGGUGGUGGGUGUGCCUUCGUAUUACAUGGCAGGAAGCCUCGUUGAGAUGGGAAUGGCUUGGUGGCAGGGAAUUGCAACAGUCAUGGCAGGCAAUCUGCUCCUGCUUUUUCCUUUGGUUUUAACAGGGCACCCUGGCACCAAGUAUGGAAUCCCCUUCCCUGUUCUGUGCAGGGCUUCAUUCGGUAUCAGGGGGGCCCAUGUGCCUACAAUUCUGAGAGGACUUGUUGGAUGUGGUUGGUAUGGCAUUGAGACCUGGAUUGGGGGUCAGGCCAUAUUUAUGCUCCUUAACUCCCUGCGCAAAGGGACCUUGACAGGGCAAUUGAUCCCCUGGCUUGGGACUAGUGCUCCUGAAUUUGGGUGCUUCUUGAUUUUCUGGGUUCUUCAGAUGUUAUUUAUCUGGAAUGGAAUGGAGAGCAUCAGAAAGCUGGAGAAGUACUCUGCUCCAAUUCUGAUGACACUUUCGGCAGCCCUGCUGUUGUGGGCCUAUGUGAAUGCAGGUGGGUUUGGUUCUAUGCUUUCCAUUGGUUCUCAAUUCGGAAAGGGAGGUGCACAGGAAGGCAAAUUCUGGUCGGUAUUUUUUCCUUCUCUCACUGCCAACAUCAGUUUUUGGUUUACUGUGGCUAUCAACAUAACUGAUUUUACAAGGUAUGUUAAGAGCCAAGCAGAUCAGAUAGUUGGGCAAGUGGGUCUCCCAAUAUUUAUGGGAGCUUUCACUUUUUUAGGCCUGGCGGUAACUUCCUCCACAGAAAUAAUUUUUGGCCAAGUGAUCUCGAAUCCAAUUGAUGUUCUUGGGCGAAUUGGUGGUAUUGUGCCUAUUUCCCUAUCCAUCUUUGGAAUUGCACUGGCCACACUGACAACAAAUAUUGCUGCUAAUGUGGUGGCCCCUGCCAAUGCUUUGGUGAAUUUCAGUCCUUCUUGGUUUACUUUCAGAAGGGGUGCAUUGUUGACAGCUCUUAUUGGAAUCCUCUUUCAGCCAUGGAGGUUACUGCAAUCCAGUGAAAGUUUCAUUUAUACUUGGUUGAUUGGAUAUUCAGCUUUGUUGGGUCCUAUAGGAGCCAUUGUUCUUGUUGACUACUAUAUUCUAAGAAACUGUGAUUUAGAUAUCAAUGAUCUAUACUCAGGCAGUCCCCUUGCACAGUAUUGGCACUACAAAGGAUACAAUAUCACCGCAUUGGUAUCAUUGUUGAUCGGCAUUCUACCUGUCAUUCCAGGCUUUCUGCAGACAAUUGGCGUGCUAAAACUUAAUUCGCCCAUUUAUGGAAUUCUAUAUAACAAUGCAUGGUUUGUAAGCCUCUUCGCUGCUGGAUUUGCUUACUGGAUUCUAUCACUGUCUCAAGGAGCCCUACACACCAAAGCUUCUCCUAAGACUUCGACUUCAUAACAGGAGGUUGGAAAUUUCCAAUCAAAUAUAACUUGACUAAGUGCAAAGAAAGAUAAAUUUGCUGUCACUUUUCUCCCAGGAUUACAAAGCAUGACAUGAUUAAUCUUAUCAAUACUUGACUUUAGAUCCUAUUACCUACUUGCCUUAAGGUAAAUAUGAUUGUGAUUGGGAUUUGUUCAA